AUGUGGGCCGCUGUCCCGUGUGAUGUAAUGUGGGAAGAUAUGUGGGCCGCUGUCCCGUGUGAUGUAAUGUGGGAAGAUAUGUGGGCCGCUGUCCUGUGUGAUGUAGUGUGGGAAGACAUGCGGGCCGCUGUCCUGUGUGAUGUAGUGUGGGAAGACAUGUGGGCCGCUGUCCCGUAUGAUGUAGUGUGGGAGGGCAUAUUUCGAGACAUUUCCUUUACUCCGAACGUGUCCGUUGGGUCAUCAGAAGAUGCUUGCGAGAGGAUACUUUCUGAUGCUGGAAUUAAUGGAUACGCCAUAGCGAAAGGCAAGGUUCUUCUUAGACAUUGGCAUGGCCCCGUUCUACAGGAAAUCGUUGCCGAAAGAAAACAGAUGAUGGCGUCUGCGCAUGUGUCGUAUAUGAUGGAUAACGAUAUCGUUGAUCUUGACGAUGCGACAUCAGUGUCAAUUGAUACCAAACGAAGACCAAUAUUGGAGGCAAUUGUAGAUGUCCGCUCGGCCGAUUCAUCGUCAUCUAAACAAAACAAUACCUUGACGUCAUCAGCAUCCUCGCACACUAGAGUGGCUGAAUGGAUGCAGCAACAGGAUCACGUGACCUCAGAUGUCUCUUUACCCACACCUGUCUACAGCAAUACACCGCCACCGGUGUUUUCAAAAAAAAGUAGUCACGUCCGCAUCAAGAUGCCAAGAAAGGAUGACUCGCUAUUGGACAUGCGUCUGUGGGAUAGAUUUCAGAUGAUCCCGCGUGAGCGCGUGUCAACCAGCGAUACCUUCCGGCCAUUUCUGCGAGCAUUUAAGAUUUUCUGUUAUGUCUUGUUCUUUUGUGUGGUUCUGGGAUCAGCCGUCGUCAGUAAACUUUGUAUUCUUCUCAUGUCGUCAAGUAUUCUCAAGGACAAGAAGGCACUGAGAGAGUCGAAUAGCCCCACAAACACUAUGCUAGUCAUUACGAUCUGUUUCCCUUACAUCAUAUGGAUGUUCAGCUUUUCAGCAAAGUCACUGUUUGGCAGUAACGCUUGGCCAUCCUUUAAAACUAUCGUCAUUACUUUGUUUAUGGAGCUCCUUCACUCUUUUGGACUGUGUCUCAUGGUAUUUCACAUCCUUCCAAGGAUGGACAUGGCUCGAGGAUUACUUCAAUUCUGUGGAAUUUGUACAGUUCCUGCAUUUUUAAAAACAAUUACCAUAGCAACGGACAAAUCAAGACCAACCGUGAAGAGAUUAACUUUGACCUUUAUCAACGGCCUCGCUUUCGUUAUACAGUUGUGCAAUCUCGCAGCAUCUACUAUGUUUAGUAACCCUUUAAAAGAAGCAGAAAGGGACCAACUUCAAAGAGACGUUAUUUAUGACCCAGAUAUUCUACAUACGGUAGGAAGGCCUGCACCUAUGUUUGAAAAUCGCUAUAUGUGGGAAAUACCCGUGGCUUUGGUAUUCAUUUCCGUAUCAUAUUGGGAAAAUUUUGUAGAAAGUGAUUUAUCAAUUUGCACGUUAAAUAUACCAUUUCUUCAAUGGAAACGGCGACUAAAUUCUGUCCGGGAAAGACUGUACAUUUUUGUUGGAAUUUGGAAGACUGGCUGGACGCUACUGUUCGCUGCUCUUUUACUUCCGGGCUUUUCAUUCAAUAUAGAAUUUUCCACUUCCGGAUCAAAUCCAAGUGGCACAAGGAUAGGGCACACUACGACAGUAGCAGCAGUCGCCUCUGGUGUGACUGUAACGUCGAAACCACCGAUAAGAGCGCCGCCUGUGGGAGGGAGCCGUAAAAUUCCUCUUGUGAAAAGAGCAAUAUCUGAUCAGAUCGGUUUAAACGGUGUGAGUGCUGUUCUCAAUUUGACAAAUGCAAACCUGAAAAGUCGAACACCAAAAUUUCGUCCGAGACCUCUCCCUGUACCAUCGACCUCACCAUCUAUUGAAAAUCCUUCUCCAACCAUCAACGGAAGUAGCGACGUCAACUACAAUUUACAACUUCCGGAAUCUGUUAAGAGGAACUUUGAACGUUACGGCCCGCUGUAUCUUCAGCUCUUGUGCAGCGCAGUGUUGUCUUACUUUGGCAGUCUUGCUUGUAAACUAUGUAUGCAGGUUAUAGGGUUCGCAUUGCCUUUGUUCUUGGCAACACCUUUAACACUUGGAAUCAUCAUCGUCCAAUGCUAUUCCAAAUUCAUCCCCUCCUAUCUGUAUAUAUGGUUGUGUCCGGAAAUGGCCGGAGAAAUCCGAAUGUUCCACCUGUUGUGGCUAGGAGUUCUCUGGGUGUCACAAAUCAUUCUGACGUCACACAUCUGGUUCCCCCGCAAUGGCAGGAUGGCCAAGAUAGACAGGCUGUUUGUAAUGCCAAUCCGAUGUGGCAUUCUCACCGACCAGUCGCUGAUACUACGUCGGCGAACCAAUGAUCGCGACUCUGCGCUUUUCAGUUCUGAUGAUGACGCGUCCACACUAACUGAUGACGAGGAAGUUCAUAGGGCUGACGAUGUUGUGCCACAAAUAUACGCAUGCGCAACUAUGUGGCACGAAACGCGGUGUGAAAUGACACAGCUUCUGAAAUCUUUAUUUAGGAUGGAUAUUGACCACAGUGCGCGUUUCCUGGCUCAAAAAUUUUACGGGAUAAGAGAUCCGGAUUACUAUGAAUUUGAGGCACAUGUGUUUUUCGAUGACGCAAUGGAGCUCUCUGAUGACGACAAACUAAUACCGAACAGCUUUGUAGCGGAGCUCAUGGAUUGUAUUGAUGACGCUAUCAGUUCCGUCCACGAGCGUCAAAUGACCCUGGCCCCGCCUGUGCGCACACCGACCCCUUAUGGAGGACGGAUGACUUGGCGUUUACCUGGAGGCACCCGCCUCGUCGUCCAUCUGAAGGAUAAACACAAGAUACGCCACAAGAAACGCUGGUCACAGGUAAUGUACAUGUAUUAUUUACUUGGAUAUCGGAUCCUAGCACAACCUGAAAACCUAAUUCAUCGUGAUGUCUUGGGGUCAACGAGUACACCAGACAACGACUCCAACACUCAUCGCGUCAAACUUACAGAAACACAGCUUCGACAACGUCGACAAUCGUCACAUUUUACGCGCAGUGUCAUAUUCAACUACGUCAGCGACGAGGUCCAUACCCAGGCAGAAAAUACUUUCAUUUUGACUCUGGACGGUGACGUAGAUUUCAAACCAGACGCUGUGCGACUACUGGUGGACAGACUGAAGAAAAACAAAAAAGUUGGCGCAGCAUGUGGGCGCAUACAUCCGGUUGGAUCUGGUCCCAUUAUGUGGUAUCAGGAAUUUGAGUACGCGAUUGGCCACUGGCUACAGAAAGCCACCGAGCAUGUAUUUGGAUGUGUCCUGUGUGCCCCAGGGUGCUUCAGCUUGUUUCGGGGGUCAGCACUCAUGGAUGAUAAUGUCGCACGGACUUACGCCAUACGUACGACAGAAGCGGGCCAGUACGUCCAGUAUGAUCAAGGCGAGGAUCGUUGGCUAAGUACUCUCCUGCUCCAACAAGGCUAUCGAAUCGACUACUGCGCAGCUGCAGAUGCAUUGACUCACGCGCCUGAGACAUUUUCAGAAUUCUUUAAUCAGCGACGUAGGUGGGGACCAUCAACUCUGGCAAAUGUCAUCGACCUACUCGGCGACUGGAAGAACACAGUCAGGUUGAACGAUAACAUCAGCACGCCUUAUGUUCUCUACCAGUUUUUUCUUCUUGUCUCCACCUUGUUAGGACCUGCCACCGUGCUUUUGAUGAUGGCAGGGGCGUUCUCAGUCGUUUUCAAGACAAGUGUCGUCCAAUCGUACGCACUGUCUUUGAUCCCUCCAAUCGCAUUCAUUGUACUAUGCAUAUACGCCAAGCCAACCACACAAGUUACCAUAGCAACAAUAAUGAGCGCGUGUUAUGCUAUAAUUAUGACUAUUGUGUUGAUAGGGACCAUUGGGACAGCCAUAGAUGGAUCGUUGACCAGUCCGAACGUCGUCUUUCUUCUGAUUCUUGUCAUCAUUUUCUUCGUUGCAGCCUUAAUGCAUCCGGAGGAAUUCGCUUGCGUCAUCCCUGGUGCGUUAUAUUUCAUAUGCAUACCAACGGGAUACCUAGUGCUUACUAUAUAUUACCUAUGCAAUCUGCACAUAGUUUCCUGGGGAACAAGAGAACUUCCGAUGCGGAAGUCUAAAGAGGAAGUGCUAGAGGAGAAGAAAGCUUUGGAGGAAAAAAGACUGAAACGUCAAAGGAAAGGUAUCCUAGGUUGGCUAGGUCUAGAUAGUUUUUUGAAUGAAACAGCAGAUAUGUUUCGACAAUUACGCCAAGCAACUCUAGUGCCUAAACUGGAUACUAAAUCCAAAACCGACGAACUUCUGGAAGAACUCGUAUUCGAGUUACGACAAAGCCGUGAUACAAAAAUGCCACCGAGGUCUCGGCCGUUCUCAGCGAUGACAGAUGCCUGUAAAGCAGACACCAAGGUGCUUAAACACGAAAGCUCGAACGAACGACAAAGCCAUAAGCCAGAAACAUUCAUGUCAAAACCGGAUGUUACAGAUAAAACUCCAUUGUGGAUGAAAAAUGAGGACCCAGAGAAUCCUGGAUGGCUGCAGGACUCUGUGUGUGGGGAGGGGCCAAUAAAGAGGAUGGACCAGCGAGAAAUGUUGUUUUGGGGACAACUUCUAAAGAGAUAUCUUCAUCCCAUUGUAGAGGACAAAAUUCACCAAGAAAAAGUCGCAGCUGACCUAAAGAACCUCCGGAAUAAUGUUGUGUUUGGGUUUUUCAUGACAAGUGCUCUAUGGAUUGCACUGACAAUGCAGUUGCAGCUGUUACAAGACGAGUUUAAGGACACUGCACUUUUCAUUAAAAUUCCCCAUUACGAUCCUUUGAAAAAGGAUUUAACAUUUGAACCUCUCGGUAUGUUUUUCCUUGGAUUAUUUGGCACUAUUUUGGUUUUUCAAUUUAUUGGUAUGCUUUCUCAUCGCUGGGGGACCAUCCUUCAUGUUCUUUCCAUAACUGACGUGUCAUGCGGUAAAAAGUUUACAGAGAAAUAUAAAAUUCAAGAAAUCAUCAUGAAAACCAUGGAGCUUCAACGAGUCAUCAACAUUGAAAACGAACCAGAACCCGAUUACGACGAUCCCAUUGCAGAUUACGAGGAAGAAGAUGUCGAUGACGACGACGAGAUGUCAUCUAAUAUGUAUACUGAUACGUUAUCUAGCGCCUCUAGUACAGCACAUCCACCUUCUUAUCACUCACAAGACUGUCCAAAUAAGAAAGCUAACCUCCGCAGAAGAAAUAGUGCAAUCUUCAACAAACGUGGAUUCUCCACAGGUCGCACGUUGAGGAGGGCGUUUGAGCGACGCUUUAGGAAUCAGUUGAAACGCGAAAGAAGUGGAGAAACACAGGCAACUGAUGACUCUCUUAGCAACAUACACAGGGCUGUGGAAAUGUCAGAAAGUGUGUAA